AUGCCUCAACUCAACCUCAACCCCUGAUUUUUAAUCUUUUUAUUCUCCUGGUUAUUCUUCUUGAUUGUCUUACCCCAUAAAUUAACAUCUUACUUAUUCAAUUAUAGCCCCACCCCAAAAAAUACUGAAAAACAAAAACCAGAGCCCUGAAACUGACCAUGAUCUUAA